CAUAGUUUUGGCGGUUGAGGCUUUGCUUCCAUGUCAUCAAACUGUAACCUCUCAUUCUUCCCUCUCAAAGAUAUUACACACAGACACAGAAGAACAAAGAGAAACAGAGCUGUGCUGUUUGUGUUCGUUGGAGCUUAAUAAUCAACUAUGAAAGCAAUAAUAUCAUCACAACCGCAAUUACUAGCAAGAGCAACCAUUCUCUGCUCCCGUAAUGAGCGGUUCUUUCGCUCUGUAUGUCCUUAUUCAUCGCCGCCACCGCCGCCGCGACUACCUAGAUUGAGCGCCAAAAGAGAGCAGAAUCUGAAGGUACUGUUCGUCGCGAGAGCUGCAGACUCAACUCAGCCUUCUACUGCCUCGUCUCCGUCUCCUGACAAAACUAUUGUUACUGAUGAUGAAUUCUCUCUCGCUAAGGUAUCAUUCGGUGUCAUUGGACUGGGUGUUGGAAUUUCACUCCUCUCGUAUGGUUUUGGGGCAUACUUUAAUAUCCUCCCUGGAUCUGAAUGGUCGGCUAUAAUGCUAACAUAUGGCUUCCCUCUUGCAAUUAUUGGUAUGGCUCUCAAGUAUGCAGAACUGAAGCCAGUUCCGUGUUUAACUUAUUCUGAUGCUGAAAUUUUAAGAGAAACAAGUGCCACUCCAAUCCUUAAACAGGUCAGGAGUGAUGUUAUUAGAUACCGGUAUGGAGAUGAGCAGCAUUUGGAUGAGGCAUUGAAACGGAUUUUCCAGUAUGGUCAGGGUGGAGGAAUUCCACGGAGGAGUGCACCUAUUCUACAGAUGAUUCGUGAAGAGGUAACAGGGGAUGGUAAAUACUGCCUGGUCCUGGUCUUUGAGGCAAAGGCCUUACAGUUUUCAGAUUUUGAAAAAAGACAGGCAAAAUUUGCUUCAUUCUUUGGACCAAAUGUCACAGCUGAAGUUGGGAAGGGGGAAAAUGAUCUCUAUGAAGUGCGACUUAUUUCCAGCUUAAAUGCCACCGCAUCACCUUCGCAAAGUGAUUGAUGGUAUAAUCUGUUUACUACAGUUUUAAUUCAUCAGCAUAGCCUCCUUGUUAAUAUUAUAUAUAUUCUGACGUUGUAGAUUUAGUUCGUCUUUUAUUUUUGCAAAUUUGUAAAAUUUUUGGAGAACCGAAAACAUAUAAAAAGGCAACAGGAAAAUUUAUAAAUGAAAUAAUCGACAGUGAUGACAAGGGCUACAUAAAUCAACUGCAAGGCAAUGAAGUACUGCAUAUAUAGCAAAUAUACGUGUACAUUUUUAAGUGAGGUUAUUAUGGAAUUCAGCUGAUAUUAAAUCAUGCAAUGGCUUUAGAUAUUGUAGUACCUGUAAGUUAUUUUAUUAGCUGUUGUCUAAAACUAAAAUGUUACUGUAAAAAUAGUUGUUGUAUUGGUUGUUAUUAAAUGUAAAAUAAUCUAAAAAUUUUAAUUAA